GGAAGAGACUGACUCAUUAUUUCUCUUUUCUGUCACACUGACUCUCUUCUCUCUUGACAAAAGCAAUAAAGAAUCAGUGAUCAGUGGAGAAUGAAGAGAAACACUUUCAAGAAGGAUUUUUGAGACAUUUGUUUCUGAACAGACAGCAGAUCGUUGUGAUUCUCAAUGUGAUUCAUUUUUAAAACCGUCGUUCAGAAAGUGAAAGUAAAGUUUAUAUUGCUGGAGCUCAAACAGUGAAAAUGGCUUCACUAAAUGUUUCUGCUGAAGAGCUUUCUUGUCCCGUGUGCUGUGAAAUCUUCAAGACUCCUGUUAUUUUAUCAUGUAGUCACAGUGUCUGUAAAGAGUGUCUUCAACAGUUCUGGAGAACCAAGAAAACUCAGGAGUGUCCUGUCUGCAGGAGAAGAUCCUCAAAAGAAAAUCUUCCAAUUAAUCUUGUGUUAAAAAACUUGUGUGAGUUGGCCCUGACAGAGAGAAAUGAGACGCGUUCAUCCGGAUCUGAGGAGAUCUGCAGUUUACACAGUGAGAAACUCAAACUCUUCUGUCUGGAGGACAAACAGCCUGUGUGUUUAGUGUGUAUUAAUUCACAAAAACACGACAAUCACAAAUUCAGACCCAUCUGUGAAGUGGUUUCCUCAUAUAAGGAGGAGCUCAAUACAGCACUGAAGUCCUUACAGAAGAAACUUCAACACAAAGAAGAAAUGAAAGGAGAGUUUGAGAAAACAGUUCAACACAUCAAGUCUCAAGCUGAGCACACAGAGCAUCAGAUUAAACAGCAGUUUGAGAAGCUUCAUCAGUUUCUCAGAGAUGAAGAAGAAGCUACAAUCACUGCACUGAGGGAGGAAGAGGAGCAGAAGAAGCAGAUGAUGAAGGAGAAGCUGGAGGAGAUGAACAGACACAUCUCAGCUCUUUCACACACAAUCAAAGACAUGGAGGAGAUGAUGAAAGCCAGUGACGUAUGCUUUCUGAAGGAGUUUCCAGUCUCAAAGGAAAGAGUCCAGAGCUCACAGCUGGAUCCACAGAUGGCUUCUGGAGCUUUGAUUCAUGUGCCACGUUACUUGGGCAACCUGCCGUUCAGAGUCUGGAAGAAGAUGCAGGACAUCGUCCAAAACACUCCUGUGAUUCUGGAUCCAAACACUGCGAAUCCAUAUCUCGUCCUGUCUGAUGAUCUGACCAGUGUGAGAUUCAGCGGGAUCAAACAACCUCUUCCUGAUAAUCCAGAGAGAUUUGACCAUCAUUAUUGUGUUCUGGGAUCAGAGGGUUUUAACUCAGGAACACACUGCUGGGAUGUGGAGGUUAAAGGGAGUUCAGAAUGGAGUCUUGGAGUAACUAAAGGAUCAAAACAGAGGAAGGGAUAUAGUUUCUUCUACACUGAUGUCUGGUGUGUGUCGUACAGAUGGACUGUAGGUUCUGGUUUUCGUGUCAAUCAGAAGCUUGAUCGUGUAAGAGUGAAUCUGGACUAUGACAGAGGAACGGUGUCAUUCUCUGAUCCUGUAACUAACACACAUCUACACACAUUCACACACACCUUCACUCGCACACUCUUUCCAUUCUUCUAUUGUUAUGACUCUCUGAGGAUCUUACCGGUCAAUAGUCAGUAAUCGUUACUCCUGUAGGUCUGGAUCUUCCUGCUUUCAUCAUGUUUCCAAUAUUUAAUCCAGAUCACAUGAUUAAGAGUGCUGUUGAUCUGAAUAUCAGUACGGUGGCUGUGAUUGGGCUGUGAUGAUCACAUGACUGAUAUCAGCCCUACAGCAACACUCACACUCUCAUAUUUCAUAUCAACAGAUCAAUAAACAGUUUAUUUAAUUAGAGUUUAGAAGAAGUUUAAAAAGCACUUUACACAAUAAGACCAAUUAUUAGACCAUUUUAAGAUAAUAACCAUUUACCUGAUUAUUAUUUCAGUGAAGUUUGUCACUUUGCUAAUUUUCACAUAAUUACAUAAUAUAUUUUGUUUUAAACUGAACCUAAUUCUACACAGUUUCAAUGAAUUUGUAAAUGAAUAAAUGUUUAUUUCAGUUUAAAUGAUUGUUUGUUCAUUUAAUUUCAUGGAUGUAAAUGACGAACACUUACAAACUCUUGAUUAGUGCUGUUUACGGAUCUGAUCCUUAAAAACUAAUAGUUAAUGUUUCUGGGAUUCACUGAAACUCUGACAAAGACUGAGUUUGAUAAUCCAUAUUUUAAAAAGUUUUAACAUUUUUUGAGUUACACACAGACAUCAGGAAUCAGCUUAUGAAUAUGAACAAUGUUGAUGAUCAACACAACGCUUCAUGCUGCAGUGCAUGCUGGGUACGAGCUGGAACAAAACUCACCCAUUACUCCCAGCAUGCAUUGUGGUGUCAAAUUAUGCACCUGGAAUGUCCCACUAUUUUCUUUUAUUCUUACUUUUUACUUUUAUUUUUUGCUGUUGUUUUGUUGACUGUCGUAGCUUGUUCUGUGAUGUUCAGAGUUGAUCUGUUUAUCUGAAUAUUCUGUUGAUUGUCAGCGUUGUUGAGGUUUGUGUGUUGAGUGUUUAUUUCAUAGACUGUAAAAAAAACAUGGAAGACGCUCCUCACUCUCUUCCAUUGUAGAAAAGAGAAGCUGCCAAUGUCCCGAUAUGACGAUGACAUCUUGUGUUGAUUCUGUGCAGUAGUGAGCGUGAAGUGGAGUCGAGCGCUAUAAAGGCCCCGAUCACACUCCCACAGAAUCAUUUAGUACAUUUUACUGCAGAACAACUCAUUAUGUCGGUGUAAAAUAAACAUUUAUGGAAAAUAUGGAAAAGUUAAAGCUCCAGUCUCAUUCUGAAAAAAGUCUGCUGGUGCCUCAGUGAGUACUUCACUCAGAGAAGCUGUCAAUCAUGACGUCACAUCCCUGUUUUAUAGCAUCAAAUAACUUCCAAAAAAAAAAAAAAAAAAAAUGAACACUUGAACUUCAGUGUGAUUUACAUGAAAUGACAGAAACCAUCUUGGGAAUUUUUUUUAAGUGUAAUUUAAUUGUUUAGUUUGUCCCACAUCCCAUUUAAUUACAUGGAGAGGGCAGGGUUUAUGAGCUAUACUGGGACCAACCACCUGGGGGCGAUCAAGACGCUUUGGCUUCACUUUUCAGGACUGGUGUGGCUUGUGUGGUUUAUGUCUAAGUGUCUCAAGGCCUAGUUGAAAAUUCCUGCAUUAAAAACAUUUCAGCACAUUUGAGAAAUAAACUCAAUUUAACUAA